CAGCACACCUCAUCUCCAAACAUGACCUACGUGGACUUCUACCUCCACGAGCCCUCGGUGGCGGCUGUCUUCAUCACCUCGUACCUGCUCAUCUUCCUCACGUGCAUGGUGGGCAACGGCACGGUGUGCUUCAUCAUAGUGAGGAGUAAGAACAUGAGGACCGUCACCAACCUCUUCAUCCUAAACCUGGCCAUCAGCGAUCUGCUGGUCGGUAUCUUCUGCAUGCCCACCACGCUCGUGGACAACAUCAUCACUGGCUGGCCUUUCGGGAGUCUGGUGUGUAAGAUGAGUGGGAUGGUUCAAGGCAUAUCCGUGUCUGCGUCCGUCUUCACUCUUGUGGCCAUAGCCGUGGAUAGGUUUCGCUGCAUCGUCUACCCCUUCAGACAGAAGCUAACGAUCUCAACAUCCACCUUGAUCAUCAUGAUCAUCUGGGUGCUCGCUAUCGCCAUCAUGUGUCCGUCCGGCGUCAUGCUCCAGGUCACAAGGGAGCACAGAGUCUCCAUCCUGCUUAGCGACGGCUACACCAAUAAGACCCGCCCCUUUUAUUGGUGCCGCGAGAACUGGCCCAAUCAGGAGAUGCGUAAGGUCUACACCACGGUGCUCUUCGCCAACAUCUACCUGGCGCCGCUGACGCUCAUCGUCAUCAUGUAUGCGCGUAUUGGUGUUACGCUGUGUAAGACGCCCGUGCCAGCCUCCAGUGGCCACUCCACUGGGUCGGGAUCUGGAUCCGGCGGUAGCGUGUCCAGGAACGACAGCAACACACACAGGCAGACGAGUGUGUCGAGGAAGAAGAAGCGCGUGGUGAAGAUGCUGCUGGUGGUGGCUCUGCUCUUCGUGCUCUCCUGGCUGCCCCUGUGGACGCUGAUGAUGCUGAGCGACUACGCCAGCCUGACGGAGCGGCAGCACCGCCUCAUCAACAUCUACGUGUACCCGCUGGCCCACUGGCUGGCCUUCUGCAACUCCAGCGUCAACCCCAUCGUCUACGGAUUCUUCAACGAGAACUUCCGACGCGGGUUCAAGGCCGCGUUCAAGUUCCAGCUCUGCUCCGGAGCGGUGGUGGCAGCGGCGGUGGAGCGGAGGAACACCCACACAGGCAACGCCGUGCUCCCUGCUGCAGGCACCUCGCCACAGGUGGCUAAGACAGGGGCGCUGGUGUCGGGGUCCGUGUUGAGGAGGAUCAGUGGAACUGGGAAGAGCCAGGGCCAUAACAACAGCCACUCCUCUGGACGCAGUCAGGAGCAGCAGGAUCUCAUCAUGGAGGACCUGGAGAAGGUGAUGUACGACCUUUGAGGUGUCACUAAGAACAACAAACACCAUACAAUUACAAACUCACUCUUUAAAAACCUUGCCACAUCCUGUC